AAUCCCAUUCCCAUUCCAGCUUGUCAAUUCUUCAAUUUCUCAAAUCGAAACAAUGUCAAUUCACUCUUCAAACAGAAAAUCAAACUUAUCAUCAACAAGACCAAACUUAUCAGAAUCUAAUUCUAGUACAUCAGAUCAAGAACAUAUCAUCCAUCGUUUAGAAGAAGAUCAUCAAUUUGGUGGAACUCAUUGGUUACCAUUAUUAUUUGCUUUGAUUCCAAGUUUAGGUUCUUUGAUUCAUGGUGAUUCUGAAUCUUGGACUGAUACUUUACUACUCAUCUUAAUCGGUUUCAUACUAUAUAAACUUACAAAAGUUCCAUGGCAAAUCUAUGCUUCAUCUCGUACUACUCGAAUCCUUCAUCAAAUCAAAUCAGAUUCAAAUCAUCUUUCAUCCAAUCCGAUUCUUCAUCCUAAAGCUGAUCUCUUAGGUUAUACUACUGAACUUCAAAGAUAUGAAUUAAUCUCUUUAUUCAUGGCUAUCAUCUCACCUAGUUUAGGUAUCUUAUUAUUAAACAUCAUUCAAUCUAAACUCAAGACUUCCAUCACAUUAGAUUAUUUAAAUUCAAAUACGAUCAUCUUAUUCUUAUUAUCUUCAUUGAUCAAACCGAUGGGACAUUUGAUUGGAUUGUUAAUGAAUCGAACUGAUUAUUUACAAACCAAAUUACAUUUUCCAACAGAUUUGAUGAUCGAAUUAAAAAAGAUUUCAGGAGAAUUAAAAGAUCAAUUGAACCGAUUAGAAUCUAAUUCGAUAUCAAGUUAUGAAUUAUCACUUUUGAAAACUAAUUAUUUAGAAAACCCAAUUGAAAAACUCACCAAAACUCUUUCACAUCAAUUAGAUGCCGAUCAGAUUCGUAAAACUCAAAUCACCCAAGAAUGUCAUGAGUUGGCUAAGACGUUAAACCGAUUAGAAAGUCAAUUGAUGAAGACUAAAGUGGAUUUGAAUUCAUUGGUUUUAGAACAAGAUCAAAUUAAAUCCAAUCCGAUUCAUACGAUUGCUCAGAUGAUCAUUCAAUUAAUGACCACUGUUUCUCAAGCCGAACCUCUGGAAGCGAAAGUCGAGAAUCGGUUCGAGAAUCUGGAUGAGAGUGAUGAAUCUGAUCAUGAUAGUGAUCAAACUAAAGUGAAUCCAAAGAAAAUGAAUAAUAUAAAACAUGAUGAGAACCCACCAACGGAUUACAAAACGCGUGAAGCUGAAGUCGAAUUUAUUCCUACGCCGCUCCGAUCCAACGUUCGAGUUUCUCCCCCAAAACCGAGCAUCAAACUUCGUCAAUGGAUCUUGUACUAUCUAACGAUUCCGAUCUUAGUAUGGAUUAAGUUGAUGAAAACCAUGAUCUUGUUUCCGAUCGAAUUGAUUUCGAAUAUCACCAAAGGAGAAGAAUAUCAAAGGUUAUCUGAACGAAACUAUCAACUUGAUCGAGCCGCUUAUGCUAAUCAUCCCAAUCGUCCUACUUGGUUUGAAGCUCCUUCUAUUCAUCAAACUCUUUCUCCUUUGAAUGAGUUGGGUUCGACGUUUAAGUCUCAGUUUAAUUUCAGUCAUCUUCAUUCCAAUCGUCCUCAUCCUAAUCAUUCGAAUCAUACUAAUCAUACUAAUCAUACUAAUCAUCUUGGGAAUCAUCUUGAUGAGAUUAAAGAAGUGAUGGAAGAAGAUCAUUUGUGAUUCUGGCUUUCAAUCAAACCCUAAACCCCUAACCCCAAAAAAUAUAUGGAUAAGUUCAUUUACCCAUAUCAAACUUGAUCAAAAUAUUAAUCUUUUAGUUUUUCUUUGUCUUAAACGAUCUAUUAUCAUUAUUAUUAUUAUUCUCAUUAAUAUUAUCAUCAUUAUUAUUCACAUUAAUAUCAACAUCAUUUUUAUCAUUCUUAUCAGUAUUUACUCUCAUUAUUUUUAUUCUCAUUUUUAUUCUCAUUAUUAUCCUCAGUAUUAUCUUCAUUACUAUCUUCAUUACUAUUGAUUCUUAUCAGUAUUAAUUCUUAUCAAUAUUUAUUCUCGUCAUUAUUAUUCUCAUCAGUAGUUAUUCUCAUCAGUAUUCUUAUCAUGAAAGUAGUACAUAAGUAAUCUCAUUUUUUGGGGGGGGGGUAAUUUUGUUCAAUAAGUCUCUUCAGUUAAUCCCAUCUUGAUGUACUUCAUCUUUAUGUAGUGUGUGUAUGUAUAUGUGUGUGUUUGUAGUAUAUGUCUUAGUGUUUGUAAAACCAAAAAAAAACCCUCAAGGUGUUCUUCAUGUUCUUCAUGUUGUUGUUAUUGUUGUUGAAAGAAAGAUUCCAUUUUUUUUUAUUC